AUGUUUUUUUUCUACGGAAUCAUAAGGUUUCAGGCGUACAGCUCGGCAUUGGAUACACACUACUCUAGCCUGAAUGAAGAGCCAGAUGAAACGAUUGCUAUUGCGAUUGAUUCCCUUAGCCUUAUAAAGUACAGGUACAACUACAUGUACUACGAAUACGAAGACUCGUCCAUGAGAGAAAAUCCUCCCGACGGGCUAGCACCUAAUAAUAAAAUCAGGCUCAAGUGA